AUGCAAAAUGAAACAUUGAGUGUUACCACAUUCAUUUUGGAUGGCUUCCUUGUAAUGGACAAGCAGAAGCAUUUGUUCUUUAUUAUUUUUCUCCUACUCUAUGCUGCAAUUUUUAUACUGAACUCACUUCUGAUUGCCAUUAUCUAUUUUGAAAGAACAUUGCAUAAUCCAAUGUAUAUCUUUAUUUGCAAUCUGUCAUGUAAUGGCAUCUUUGGCAGCACAAGUUUGAUUCCUCAUCUGUUAUAUAAUCUUACUACUGACGGGCAUCAGAUAUCUUUAACAUGUUGUCUCAUACAAAUCUUCUGUUUACACACUUAUAAUAUUAUCGAGUUAUUUAUAUUGGCCUUUAUGAGCUAUGACCGUUAUGUUGCAAUUUGUUACCCACUUCACUAUCAUGUUAUGAUGUCAACAAAAAAGCUUCAGAUAUUUAUAUUUUUUGCAUGGGCUUAUCCAUUUGCUACUUUUCUGGCAUAUGAGUCACUUACAAUACGCUUAACCUUUUGCAGAGAAAUUAUAGAUAAGACUCACUGUGUAAAUUUUGAACUCAUAAGGCAAUCUUGCACAGACAUCACUAUACACAGCAUAAUUGGACUUGUUACCAUGGCUAUUUUCAUGAUUCCACAGGUUUUAAUGAUUUUAUUUUCUUAUGUACAGAUUUUACGUGUUUGCAUAUAUUCUUCUAAAGAAUCUCAAACCAAAGCCAUCCAAACAUGUACCCCUCACCUUCUUGCUAUUUUGAAUUAUUUUGUUGGAAUCUUUUUUGAAAUAAUACAAAGUCGGCUAAAUCCACGUUAUUUGCCAUAUGAUUUCCGGACUUUCAUGUCUUUAUAUUUUAUGAUAUUUCCUCCUCUGCUCAAUCCAAUUAUCUAUGGGAUAAGUGGCCAGGUAAUAAAGAAACAUAUUAAGAAAUUGUUCUGUGUUAAAAACAUGGCUUUAAGAAAUUAAGACAGAGUGAAAACAUUCUCACACACUGUCCUUGGCCUCUGUUUUGUCUUCUAUUUUUCAGCGUGGCCAAAUUUUUGUUUCUCCCCCUGUUUAUAAAUAGGAAUCCAACUAAAAUCUCUUUAAUUGAAUUUCUUUGGCAAUACCAUGUUUAUUAAUCUGAGACACUUCUAAUCUUAAUCUUUCAGACCUUUUUAACAUGCUGUUAUUGAUCUGUGAAAUACUUCAAAUGCACUAGAUCAUCUGUUAAAGCUGUUGGUUUAAUGGAGA